AAACUCCAGUAGCUUCCAUUGUUCUUCCAGUGAAGAAGAAGUCCCUGUGAUCUAUCAAGACGUGAUCUAUGAAGAGGAAGAUUUUCCUGGCGAGAAGAUAUUUUGCUAGAUUCAUUAGAUCUUAUCUAACCUCUAAAAUGCCUGCGCAUAGAGCAAACAAGAAUGCUACUGAGAAUUCUCACUGCGUAAGUGAUUGUGAGAGGCUCUAGAACGAUCCAUGAUAGCUGAUGGAAGCACAGAUUGCAAACUCAGAUGGAAGCACAGAUUGAAAACUCUUCAAAGAUUGAAAAAUCUUUUCUUUUGCAGAUGGAAGCAUAACGCUCACCUUCUCUCGCGCCGAAGCUAGCCACGUAGAGCUUGAGUGAUUCGAUGAUACGAUCGAGAAGCAAAUGGAAGAAGAGCGAACGCCAUCCCCGCCACCAGUGGUGAUCUUCACGAGCAGCAGCAGUAGCCACAGUCGCCAAGAUCACCGGGCGAGCAGCCAAGAUCACUGGGCGAGCAGCGCUCCAACUCACGAGCUACUCGAAGGCGUGGAGCUGGUGUGGCAAAUCCCGAGCUCUCCACCGCGCGCAAUCCUCUUCAUCGCGCACCCGGGCUGUGGAUCUCCCGGCGACUUCUUCCCGCCCCACCGCGAUUGCGCGCGCUGCAAGGGCCUCCCGGAGCACAGCGCGAUCACCCAGCGCGCGAUCGGCGCGCGCUACGCCGUGGUGGCCAUCAAGAGCGCCAAGGACUACUGGCAAACCUGGCCGCUCGAGGCCUCCCAGGACGCUUUCAACGUGGAGAGGAUCCUGGAUUCUUGGAAGAACAGGCACGGGAUGGCGAAUCUGCCGCUGGUAGCUCUCGGCUGCGCGUCCGGCGGGAGCUUCGUCUCGGCGCUGGCGCUCCGGAUCGAAUUCGCGGCGCUGGUGAUCAUGAUCUCGCACGGCGUGACGCGAGCUUUCCAGCGAGCUACGAACAGAUACCCGCCGACGCUCUUCGUUCAUAUGCCCAAGGACUCGCUCACCGCCGCCAAGAUCGAGCGAGAGAUCCGAGCCUUGCAGAGCAAAGGGAUCCCCACGGAAGAGAUUGCCUGCCUCGACUUUCCCGUAACUUCGGAGAUCUUCCGCAGCCUCUUGAGCUCCCACGGUGCCUCCAAGCUCUUCGCGGCGCUCGUGAUCCACGGCGUGAUCAACGGCGAGGGGUUUGUAACUUCGGCCAUGCAGACGUCGGAGAUCCGGGAGCUGUUGCAGCGCGCGGAUAUUUUCGGCGAGGCGGACGAGGACGAGAGAGAAAUGGUGGUGGAGAGUGUCAACUGUUUGAUCCGGGUGGCCGAGGCGCGGCACGCCGUCACUGCUCGAAAGUGUAGCGAGAUUUUCGAUUGGUUAGAACAAUAUAUCAUCAGAAGGCACCUCUAGAUCGCAGGGAGUUUGAUUUCAUCAGUGCCUGAUUUGAUCGUUGUCGCUCGCAAGCACGAAACUUUCUUUUU